AUGUCCGGUUCUCCGUCGCCAGAGAAUCGUUUCGAUCCACUUUGCGGAGACAGACGCCGAAAACGCUCUAUUUCUCCGAUUCCAACAACCUCGCGUGGAGCUCUACAGCCGCUUUUAUCUUUCGCAGAACCCCCGGCCGAAGCCCAAGGACCUGAUGUUCUCCAACCAGAUUCGCGACGAUUUUCUACUGGGCAACCAGGGAUAUCCAUCUUAGGACUGCCCUCGAUUGAUGACUCCCAAAUCCGACCUACUCUCCCGGCUGGGGCGUUUCUACCUCCAAGAGCCACCCCACUUCCCCCGAGAUCCACGCGCAGAGCAAAAGCUCACGUUGCAUCAGCAUGUGUGAAUUGUAAGAAAAAGCAUCUUGGCUGUGAGUCGGCGCGCCCAUGCCGAAGAUGUAUUUCAGCUGGUAAAGAGGAAUCUUGUGUAGAUGUGAGACAUAAAAGAAGAGGUCGACCACCAUUGAAGGCCGAAGAAGGGCCUCUACGACCAUACGAGCCAAGCUUCAAUCAUCCGGGAACAUCUCGCCCUCGACCUCAGGGUUCCUCUCCUAUAUCCCAAAUUUAUAGCCAUCGACGGGCUUCCUCUUCAAGGGAAAUUCGACCUAGUACAGAAUUACAACAAUCAACGUCAUCUAGCGAGAUUGGUGGGGAAUAUGGAAGACCAAGGCUUAGUCCCGCCAUAGGAAACACUCACAUGUGGACUUCUCCAUCACGAUCACAGGCUGUGACGCUGUCUCCCCCCCUUCAGGGCCACUUUCCAAGGCAACCUGCGCUUUCCGGUGGUUCUUCUCAGCCAGCACCACCCCAUAGCUCCCCCUUAUUUUCUCCUGGAGCAAGACCGCCAUCUGUAUUUGCCCCUGAAUAUCGCGAUACGCCUACAUCUGUGCAUCCUUUUUAUGGUAAGAGACUGCCAACAAAUCAAUCUCCUAGCCAGUACCAACAACACCAGGCACCUCCCCCUCGAUCUUCAUAUUUCGCAAGACCAGGUUCUCCACAUGGGCCGCUAUCGAGUCCGCCCUUAUCGUUUUCUGGUGCGGUGCGUAACUACCCGUUUUCUGGUCCGAGCCAGCCUCAAAUCACAUUACCACCUCUUAAACCUUCAAACACAAGCCCUGAAUUGGAGUUUUCCCAAAACAUCCAACACCCCCCCAGCGCGGCGGCGCCAACACCACUCCCUCCAUCCCUGCCGUCAUUCCAAUCGGGCCGGGAGCCUCCUAACCGCGUUGAUCGCAUCCAAGAGUUGGAGGACUCCCGCCCUCACCCGACGCAGCCCCCCUUUCAACCUGCAUAUUUUUCCACCGGAUCUGCUGGACGCAGGUUAUUCGAUUCAUAUCGUCCUAUGCCCCUACCACCGCAGCCUCCGCCACAGCAAACUCUGUCACAACGACAAUCCAGGUUUUCAACUUCAGUUUCAAUUUCCAAUAUUCUUCCUCUCGCUCAACUUGAGAAAAGCUUUACAACAAAGGAGAUAGAAGGAGAAUCUGAAUCUCGGCCUGCCAAACGACAGAAGAUGGCUCUAGGGGACAUGGUCAACGACUAG